AUGAGUCUUUUUAAUUUAACGGCGACUCCAUCCAGUAAUACAAGUCUGUUUGCGCAAUCGACACCUGUAAAUCAAACGCGAACGGGUAGCGGGCUAUUCUUCGGUAAUACUACAGCAACACAACCGAGUACACUUCCAUUAACACCUUUCAGCGGUUCGACAACUGUAUUUGGUGCAUCAACGCCUGCCUCUACAACUUUGCAAGGUUCAUCGUCGGGAACAGGUUCGAUCCAUAAGUUCGAUCCUUUAAAUGGAGUCGAUAAAAUGAAUAGAAACAACACUCAAGUUCAAAUUAAAACAAAGAUCUAUAACUUAUGUGCGAUGCCAGUCUAUGAGAAAAAGUCGAUGGAGGAAAUUCGGUUAGAAGAUUAUGUCGAUAAUCGAAAAUUUCCAUCAUCAACCACAACAGCAACAGGUUUGUUUCAAUCAGCAUCAUCUACAACAUCUCCAUUUGGUGCUUCCUCAACAAUAACAAAUCCUGCAAUAUCAACGCCAAGUCUGUUUGGUUCGACAGCGACGACGACCACACCAGCACUAACCAGCACUUUGUUCGGAAAUAAACCAGCUGCAACGACAGCAUCAUCAUUGUCAUUUUCAUUUGGCUCGACACCAGCCACAACAACACUAGCUAACACUACACCAUUUUCAUUUGGUUCGUCAAUAACGACUACUACAGCAAAUCCACCUAGUAUAUUUGGUAGUAGUGUACCAAGUUCUGCACCAGCUACUUCAACAGCACCAUUUACAUUCGGUAGUAGUCAACCCCAACCAACAGCAACUGCAACUGCACCAACAUUUUCUUUUGGUGGUACUACUGGUUCAUCAUUGUUUCCAGCUGCUAGCACAGCACCAACAACUUCAUUCGGAUUUUCAGUCACAAAGCCAACUACUGCAUCAACAUUUUCAUUUACACCAGCGACAGCAACAUCAACAGCAUCGGCAACAACAAUGCCGUCAUUUGGUCUCUUUCCGACAGCAACAGCAGCUUCAACUGCUGCUCCUACACUAUUUUCAGCAGCAACGCAACCUAUAGCCAUGCCACCUGUUCUUACCACCCAAUCCUCUGUUGAUACAAAGACUCAUUUACAAUUGUUUCAAACCAUGCUUAACAUACAACCAUUCAACAAUGAACUUGCCUUUCUGGCCAAAAAUAUCAAACCAAAUAUUGGCCUGGACCGAGCCCGUCUUCGCACUGCACCUGACUCGACAAAUGCUCAUCCAUUGAACAAUGUCUUCUCGCCUCUUGUGACUAAAACAUCUGUGCUUGCAUCCGGUACAUCGACACCUCCCACAGUUUUAGCAAAUCCAUUACCAACCCAUUCUCAUACAUUACCAUCUGUUCUCUUACCAUCAUCUAGCGCAAGUGCGUCGAUCGCUUUGUUUGGCAAACGAAAGUUAGCUGACUCAUUUCUUGAUGAUGACGAUGACAAUUCUUUGAUGAUGGACGAUGGGCCCUCGUCGACAUCAGCAGCAAUUCAUAAACUAUCGAAAAACAAUGCUAUUAAACGGCCACGUGUCCUUGACAUGAACAAAAUUCGUUCAGUUGUUCUCGGUGGUGUGAGCAAUGGAACAACCAAUGAGACAAUUACCAAAGAAGAAAAUCUUUCAGACACAUAUGUGGUCAAACCAACAUCUGACAAUUUAUCGACAUGGAAGAAAUUUGCUACAUACGACGCGUAUCUAGCUUCGAAAAAACCAGCGGUUGACACCAUUCGUCAUGUGGAAGAAGAUCGACAAGUCAGUGUGAAGAAUGCGUUCGAACAAGAGCGAGCUUUUCGUUUACCAAGAUUGACACAUGAUGAUUAUUAUACGAAACCAAGUAUUGACGAAUUACGGCAUUGUUUUAACGAACAAGGACAGUGUUUUGUGAAGGAAUUUACUGUCGGAAGAGAACAUUAUGGAUCGGUGACCUUUCAGGGUGCAAAAAUCAAUGUAGCAGGUCUUGAUCUUAACCAAUUAAUUGAAAUCGAUCGUCGACAAGUAACUGUUUAUCCUGAUGACAGUCGCAAACCGGCAGAAGGUGAAGAGUUGAAUUGUCAAGCACGCAUCUCUUUAUUAGGCGUGUACCCAAUCGAUCGUUCAAUAUCGAAUAGUGGUGAAGAAGUGACUGAUCCUGAUCGAUUGAUCGAGAUGAAUUAUGGAAACUAUUUACUUGAAAUGACAAAGAAAUUUCAAGGAAAAUUCAUCGAUUAUGAUGUUUAUACAGGAACAUGGACAUUUAAGAAUUUGAAACAAACAGCUAUUGAUUGGGGCUGUCUAGAAAGUAUAUCGUCAGCACGCGAGGGAAGCUCAUCUCCUGGAGUGGCAAUUCAUAUCCUUUGUGCAGUCUAUCGAAUAAAUCCAACGGAUCGGUCUCAGAAGCAAGUGUUAAUUAAAACCAGUGACAUGAAGAAGAACAAAUAUAGAUCUAACAAAGCUAUCUCGACGGAAACCAAACAAAAGAAAUAUCAAUGUAAAAAAAUGGCAUUGAAUGUAGCAGAUAACGAUCCAUUUUCGAAAAAACAAACGAUUCGCUCACGAAAGAAACGCUUGCAAGAAUCGUCGCGUCUUGGACAAAAAAGUCUCCAGCAAGAACUCGAAGCGCUACCAUUGUUGAAAGGUUUCAUACGUACAAUUCACAAUUAUGCACCGACUGAUCAACAGGAGAAACUAUUCGUCGAUAAAUUAAGACAAUGCUCGGUUAUAUUCGAUUUUUCCGAUUGUGUGAGUGAUCUGAAAAGCAAAGAAAUCAAACGUGCAUGUCUCAAUGAAAUUGUCGAUUACAUAACUGUGGCAAGGAACUGUUUGACGGAGAAUGUCUAUCCCGAAGUGAUUCUUAUGGUAUCCACAAAUCUUUUUCGUAUCUUAUCGCCGACAGGUGUCGAUAGUCUAUCUGAUGAUGCUGGUGCUGAAGAAGACGAGCCAACAUUGGAAGCGUCUUGGCCGCAUACGCAAAUCGUCUACGAAUUCUUUUUACGAUUUUUGGAAUCGGUUGAUUUCCAACCCAGUUUAGCAAAGAAAUAUAUCGAUCAGAAGUUUGUCCUACAAUUACUGGAACUAUUUGACAGUGAAGAUCCACGUGAAAGAGAUUUCUUGAAAACGAUUCUUCAUCGAAUCUACGGAAAAUUUCUUGGCCUCCGAGCUUUCAUUCGAAAACAAAUUAAUAAUAUCUUUUUAAGGUACGUGUAUGAAUACGAACGGUUCAACGGUGUUGCUGAACUACUUGAAAUUCUUGGAAGUAUUAUCAACGGAUUUGCUGUGCCAUUAAAGGAAGAACACAAAGUAUUUCUCGAGCGCGUGCUAAUGCCAUUGCAUAAAACUCAUUCACUAGCUUUAUUCCAUCCACAAUUAACUUAUUGUAUUGUGCAAUUCAUCGAAAAAGAAACAUCGUUAGGUGAAUUGAUUAUCAAAGGUUUGCUUAAAUACUGGCCAAAGACAAGUUCCGUCAAAGAAAUUUUGUUUCUCAACGAACUGGAAGAGAUUCUUGAUAUCAUCGAUGGACAAGUGUUUAAAAGUGUCUGUAUACCACUUUUUAAACAAAUUACACGAUCAGCCACGUCAUCACAUUUUCAAGUAGCUGAACGUUCUUUAGCUUUAUGGUCGAAUGAAUACGUUGUUCAAAUGAUUGAGGAAAACAUUGAGCAAAUCUUACCUGUGCUACUUCCGCCAUUAUGUCGAAUAUCGAAAUCGCAUUGGAAUACAAAUAUCAUAACACUGGCAUACAAUCUAUUGAAAAAUCUGAUGGACAUCAAUAAGAAACUAUGUGAUGAUGUGCUAAAUGCCAUGCGAAUCGAAGAGGAAAAAUCGGUGACUAAAGAAAAAGAACGAAUCAAUCUUUGGCAACAAUUGGAAAAGAUGGGUCUAAAGAACAAGAAUACAUGA